AAACCACGGCUGAUGGUGAAUUAGCAUUACUUCCAGCCAAGGCUUUCUCCGUUUUUUCUUCAUUCACUGCACGGUGAAAGUUCAAAAAGAGAUUGUCCAUCAACGGCUGUGUAUCCAAUGGAAGAUCGAUGUAGACAUAAGAGCCAGCCAGAAAAACAACGUUGAAAGGUUACGCAAAGUUGGCAUGCCUUAUCGCAUGAUAAAAACGCGCAUGUUGCACAGACAAAAAACUCUCCGGAUGUGAAAUACUACAUUUUCUCUUUUCUAAGCAAUGGCUGGCACAUUUCUUGAAAUUUGUCUGGGUUUUUGCCACAAGUUUGAUAUAACUAAAUAAUUAAAUAUAUGUACAAUAUAACAGUUUCGUGAAAUUGUGGCAAGUACGAGAAGAAUGGUACUUGUGAAUUAUUAAGUUUACUUUCAAGUUGUCUUCCAGUCGACUAAAGCGGAAUUAUGAUGCCUACCUGCAAAAUGAACGAAACCAAGUUGGAGGUGAACGAGAACUACGAGGAGGCUGACCUCAGCGACGUCGAGGACGACGUUUUUGUCCGGAGUGGAGGGAGGAACGGAUACCGAGUGGAAUAUGACAUUGCCAAGAAACCUCUCAUGACACCGAGAAAGAAAGUGUAUGGUUUCGACAAUAUGAAAAACGGUGGUUUACAUACCGAAGUUCGUUCAGCGCCACAAUCCCUCAGAGUAAUUUGUAUGCCCAUGUGCUACAUUUUGAUCUCCACUUUUGCGUUCUUAGGGCUGAUUACUGUAAUAACAUUCCUCACGAAUUAUGUCUCUUGGCCCCUGAGCAUUGUGAACAUUUGGAAGAAAGGUCAUGGAAGUAGCGGCUCCCAGCAGUUUGUGCCCUGUGAUAACUUUGAAGUGACGGAUGUUUGGGUGCAGCAGUUUCCAAAAUUACUUACAGAAUCAGCUUUUCGCCUCGUCGACGUCAAUGGCGAUGGAGUCGAUGAUAUAAUAUUUGGAUAUGCAACAGGGGCGGAUGGAUAUGGCAUCCCCGAUUUUGUCUGUGAUAUUUACUUCAAUGGUCAGAUGCCAUGUUUUGGGGGUGUAUUAUCCUUAGACGGCGUUGACGGGAAAGAGUUGUGGAGACACUGGACAGCACAUGAAGUUUUUGCGUUAAAUUGCAACGAAGAUAUAAAUCUUGAUCGAAUACCUGACUGCCUUGUGGGAGGGAGAGCUGGGGUUUUCUGUGCAAUAAGUGGAAGCGACGGAACUCUAUUGUGGUCGUUUGAUGCAAAAAAUGCCCUCAUGAACAUUUAUACGUCUCAGUUUAUUCGCGAUUUAAAUGGCGAUGGGGUUCAAGAAGUAUUAGCAGUGCAGGGGGGCGACCCAUUGGCGGAGCCUGGAAGUACAAACCGAUUGUCUGGGAGGAUAAUGAUCGUUAGUGGUAAAACUGGCGAAGUUUUACAGGCGGUAGGAACACCAGACCAAAAAGAAAGUUAUUAUUCCCCACAAAUUUUAACUUAUCCGGAUGGCACGGAUUACGUUUUAUUUGGAACGGGCGGCGAGACUCAUGGAGGAGGACUUUACCUUCUCUCCCUGGCAGAACUGUACAAGGGGUCAACAGAAAAUGCAAAACUGCUCUACCAAGAUGACCAAAAAGGAAUUAUGGUUCCUCCAGUAAUUGCAGAUAUAAAUGGGGACUCAGUCGCAGAUAUCAUUAUGGCGAUGUUCAACUCCAGCGUGAUAGCGUUUGAUGGGAACUCAUUCAAUCAGAUUUGGAAUUAUUCAUUCCCAUCCUCUGAAACUUACACCACUUUGACACCUGGAUACUUUAAUGAUGACACUGUCCUCGACUUUCUUGUCAAAUACCAGUUUGGUCCAGGCUUCCCAGUCUAUUAUUAUGCAAAAACGACGGUCUUGGACGGGAUCACAGGUUCUCCGAUUUUAGAAAAGCCGAUAAUUGACACAAUUGGUUCGCAAGCGAGCACCCCGCUCAUUCGAUGUGAAGGAUUUGGUAACGACAUUUUCCUUUAUUGGAGCUCAAAUUGCAAAGGAUUUGAAAGCAAUUCGUCCCAGUUCGCCUUUGUUAAAGGGACAACUGUUCACGAGCAGAGCAGGGCAGACUUCUGUAAACUUCGAUUCAAUUCGAAACUAAUCAACCAACUUCGAGCCUUCAACCAUGGCACCGGUCUUCCUGGUUCUGUCAUUUACGACUCGGAAUUACGAACUGCUCUGGAGUACAACAACACAGUCGACACUUCAGCAGAUGGGCAAAAUUACUUGCGAAUGCAUCCCGAAAUGUGGCAAUAUCUAGAUCAACGCUAUUCUAAUGUGAAACCGCAAUCAGUGGAUACGUCAGAUAUAAUUCCAAGAUAUCCAGCAUCCGCACUAAUGCCGCCAGGUAUGGACACCAGGGGCGGAGGAAACCUGGGGGGCCAGUCAUCUCUUGGGCAAUAUGUGCCCAGCUAUCCUGGAGGAUCCGCUGUUUAUGAGUUGCCAUCUCAGCCUGAGCUCAGUGAAAGCAUCAAGUAUCCGACGUACCACAGUGUGCAUAAACAUGGCAAGUACCCCAUCCCUCAGUCCGUCCUAGGCUCAGAAGUGGCAGGAGGUGGGGGCAUGAGUAAUGGGAACGGGGUACGAGAUCUCAAUAUUAACGUCGAUCGUAGAACUCAGCAUCUCUCUUCUCCUUCCCUCCAGCAGGCAGAAGAGCGGAGAGGAGAAAGCAACGGAAAUGUCAACAUGUGGCCGAGCUAUUACAACAAACUCGCUCCUGGGAUGGACGAAGGGGAAAAAUAUCCGGCCGUUUUUCCGUAUUCAAAAAGCACACUGGGUCAUCUCAGAUAUUUGCCACAAAGCAGCGAUGGUGAAAGUGCCGCUGAGAUGAAUCGGGAGCGAAAUGAAGACAUGGCAAAUGUUCUUGGGGCUGGAGGUGAAGAUCAAGCGAUGCUCAAUCAAUAUCUUCAACAUCCUCAAAGUAGGUGGAAAAGGGACGAGGCACGAGAGGAUCGUGUCAGGACAGCAAGUGCACGCCAGAAAUUUGAUGAGCUGCGGAAACGCGUGCUUAGCAAAAGACACAUUGGGCCUCAUGACAUGGAUGGGAUUCAACGCUUGAUUUCAACAGGAACUCUGGCACAACCGGUUAACGGUGAAGGUAUCGAUCUCAUAUUUGCGACGUACUGGUUCUUCCCAGCAAAACCUCAAGCUAUUCUCCCAAAGGACCAGGAAUGCAUCCAGGAAAAGCUCUCUAAAGAGACCGAGCGCUUUGAUGAAAGAAGCAAAUACUACGGGAUGGAUCAUGACCAGUACGAGGAUACUAUCACGAACGAAUGUCUCCAACAACAAGACGAUCAGCAUCAGCAACAGCCACCGUCUUCUUCUUCGUCUGAUGGAGUGGAUGAAAAUGAUGAGGGUUCAUCAAGUCAAACAGCCGAAGGACAAAGAACGAGCGGUUCUGGUACUUAUGAAAGUCAAUCCUCAUACAAUCCAUUUGAUGUCCAAAUGGGGCAGAUGACAGUGUACCGGGUUCACAUCACUUGUUCGUGCUCCGAAUUUAAUAACAAAAAAUCCAGUGAUGAAAAAGGUUCUCAUAAAAACGAAAAGAAAUGCGCUAGUAUUUUACCAAUGAAGGAUCAACCCUGGUCGGGAUAUAUGGGAUCCCAUGCGGACUCGCACCUCUUGAAAAAAGUCAACAUUAUGCCCACCUCACAAACAACAUCUUCCCCAAUAACGCCCACAAAGUCAGUUCCUUAACUCAGCGAGCAAGGUAAAGCCCACCAAGCGCUGCAUACGUACAUACGUCUCUAAAAUUACGACCCCGUUUUUAUGAGAGGCCUCUCCAUGUACAUCCAAGCUCGUUCAAUCCAAGUCCAAGGCUAUCCGUUCAGCCAAGACCUCCUUCAAUCCUCCUUCCAAAAACCAAACAUGAGCUCAUCUUUACUAGCGAAGCAUUAGAUCGGCAUUGAGGGCCACCCGAAAUGAACCAUCUCUUCAAUUGAAACACGGAAAAGUCAGUCGAUGGAGUAAAAUUCUUAAUCAAAUAUCCUGAGGAAUAUAUAGAUGAAAGAAAGAGGGAAAUCGGGAGAGAGAGAGAAAGAAAAAUGGGGAGAAAGUUGGAUUGGUCGUUCUACUCGAAAAGAAAAUCGAAGCAUGUGAAAGAUAAAUGGUAAUAAAACCUUGUGCUCCAGCACAGGUUUUUUUUACUACACGUUUUCGUUGUGAAUGAUAAGCAAGGAGAAAUAGGACAUCCACCUUUCUUCCUCCUUUCUCUUUCCACCCCUGCAUUCACUCAUUUGAUAUUAGUCCUCCCCAUCAUGAUGUGCAGCUCUAUGGAGCAAGAAUCCACCAUUAAGGCUUCCUCAGGCUGUGUUGCAAGAAAGUCGCAAAAAUACUCCUCACAAUCUUUUACUCUCAUCUGUAAACCAGCCAAGGCUUCUGUUCCAGGUACACAGCUAGCACGGCCAAACUGCUGAAAAUCGGCCAACUGAAGGAAGGGAAGUAAAGCGAGGAAGGGUAAUGGGCAUUUCAUUGGAUAUUAUGUGCCGGUCUCAUAUUGUGAGUGAAAGCAAAAAGGAAAAUCGUUUCUUUAUUUCGCCAACAUUCAUUCUUUCACGGCUGGAAAUAUUAUAUAGCUUUUGUUGAUAUGAUGAGGUUAACUGUUUCUGUAACUGGACACAUCUCCGUGUCCAAAAGAAUGAAGGUGAAAAGCAGUACCGUCGAUGAUCUCAGGACUCACGGACUCUUGAAUCGUAUUGAUUCAAGACCCGUGUCGUAUUUCAUAUAACUGAAUAUGAGCACCACAUGCGACAGAACGGUAUCAAAUCAAAAUGACACUUUCAAUUAACGACUUGACUUUCCGUAAAAUAAUACUACAUAAAAUAAUGACAUCUCUCUAUUUUAUAGCCACGUGUGAAGGUCUAUUUAGGAUUAGUAAGCGUCAUAGUAUUAAAGAUUUAGUAUUACUAGUGUACGUAAUGCAACGUUUUACACAACAUCAUCUGUAUAAUAAUUAGUUAUGCUAUGCUGUUAGCGUUGGAAAUUUGUCUGACAAUUCUUGCUUUGCUUUCAUUUAUGUGGGCGUUAAUCGUUCAUGGAUAUGUGAGUUUGAGUUUAUAACAAGUUUUAUGUACGACGUAGUGGAUUCUACUAUUGCGCACCUCUUUAUUAUCACCUCACCUGCAUUUUGUAUAUACCUGGCAAAAUAAUCCCGAUAAUUCCAUAUUCCUAUUUUUAUUUCGUCCAAUACAUACAUUUACAAACCUUAAUUACUACUCGUGUAUAGGAAUUUGUGUGAUUGACUUGAAUUCAUCAAAGUUAUAUGUGAGUACAAAUGUUAUAUAAAUGAAUAAAAAUUGGAAAACCAUGUCUUUAUAAGUAA